AUGUUCCAAUGUCCAAAAUGCCAAAGGACCUUCGCGGUGAGGAAAAGUUUGUUGAGACACUGUAGAGCGAGGUGCAGCCAGGAUGAGGAGCCCGCAUCCAAGCGUCCAUGUAAUGCAACCGCUCCACGCAGCACUGCAGACAAGUGGGAAUGUCCUCGAUGCCGGCAAAAAUUCUCGGCACGAAAAGGUUUACUGCGACAUGGUAGAGAGGUCUGCACAAGCGAGAAGAGUCCACCCGAACAACAACGUGUAGAAGCUAGCAUCACCCAGACCACCACAGGACUCAAUACCAGACGACUGGAUCCUUCAACAGCCAACGUUGCAAUACCGGGACCGAGUCGAAUGAGUCCAACCACCAGUAACGACUCACAGACGAGUGCGGAAAGCAAAAUUCGCUGUGAUAGUUGCAACUGUGAGGUACCGAGGAAUGCACAUGCAGCACAUCUGAAAAGCAUCAAACAUAAGGCACAUCUAUGGACACCUUUACACAAUAAUGUGUCAGUAUGUCGAAGUGCAUUUCGGGGUAGAAUAGUCAGUUAUCAAAUAACCGCCAGUAUAGACACGUUGAACGUUACUGAAUAUAUGAAUAAUCUUGAACAUGACUCCAUAAACGUGAUUGAAAAUGAAUUGCAUAAGCAAACAACGCUCAAAAUAAAUAUGGAACUUUUUGGUUUAUAUAUCUUACCAGCUAAAAGCCGACGAGAGGUGAAGUCCCACAAUACAAACAAUGUAAUCAUAACACAAUCAUCAAAUUUAAAAGCAAUCUAUCAUGAUUUGGAAAGUAAAAUAGAGCAAAAAUCUGAAGAUUUUGCAGAAAAAGACUCAGGGUGGGUGUUAGAAAAGACUUUAUAUUUAGAAAUUAAUAUUAAUAAAUAUAAUCCUUUGAGAGCAGCAUCAUAUUUGCCGCUUCCAAAGGAAAUUAGGAACAAAAAAGCAGUACUCAAUAUACGUAAUAACGAUGAGUACUGCUUUGCAUGGUCAAUUGUAGCUGGUAUGGUAAAACCAAAAGGUCGAUCAUCACUAACAACGUCAUAUCUACAUUUUUCGAAUGUUCCGGGCUUAAACUUUGCUGGAAUGACAUUUCCAGUCGCUCUCAAGUCAAUAUCAGAAUGUGAAAGCGUGAAUAACAUAUCAAGCAACGUUUAUGGAUUAGAAAAGGAAUUCAUUGAUGGGAAGCCUAAAUAUCAGGUGCUGGGACCGUUACACUACACCGCGCAAAAACAACAUACUCAUCUAAACUUAUUACUUAUUGAUGAUUCAGAAGGAAACCAUCAUUACUGCUUAAUUACCAACUUUUCAAGACUUGUUUCAAUUAAGGUUCCAAAAUUGGAAACGAGAGUUAAUCGACUUGGAAACACGGUAAUGGAUAAUAUACUAAAAUGUGAACAGCAUCACAAACAAUUAAGGCUACCAUUUUGCGUUUAUACCGACUUUGAAUGCAUUCUAGCUCCGAUAGAAAAUGACUCAAGCGAUUCAGAGGAUCACCAAUAUAGUAAUAAGGUGUCUUUAGCAUACACGGACACUGAUUCGUUAAUAGUACAUGUUGAAACCGAUAAUUUCUAUGAAGACAUGAAAUCACACGUGCAUUACUUUGACACAUCCAAUUAUGAUGCUGACAACCCACAUAACAUGCCUCGAACAGCGUCAGAGUUGGGUAAGAUGAAAGACGAAUAUGGUGGCAAGGUACUGUCUGCCUUUUAUGGUACAGGUCCCACAGCAUACUGUAUCGAUGCUGUAGAUCAAGUGGCUAAACGAGCUAAAGAUCGGUGGAGUAAUGUAGUUUAUUUGGGUAAAGAGACCGUAUUGAAGUUAUUUCAAUUAGCCCCGCUGAUUGCCUAUACGAUGAAUAUGUUGAAAACUCAGGAGUUCCAGGAUGUACAAACCAAGCACAUCGAUGUGCGAGACUUCAUUAUGCAACACAUCUCUGAUUUGCCGCAUUCGGAGAACAUCAGGACUGCUAUGGAGCUGGCAUACCAAUAUCCAAACUUGAAAGAAUUCAACAAGGCUCCAACACUGAACUUUUAUUCAAAUUACUUAUCCUAA